UGAACCAUCUCCCCCACCACCAACCCCAAACGACUCAAACAACUUAAUAUACGAAACUCCCAAACCAACUCAGGACUGCUACCCAGAUGGACAGAUCACUCAAAAUAUUCAUCAUCCUUGUCGCCAUCCUUUUCAUCUCUUGGAUUGCCUUCCUCAUACUUUCAACCUGCUUGGGCCCACCCCUCAGACAAAUGAUAUCGGAAGCCUGGUCGUCGAGCUUUCCUUCGAUCAACCCGACCAACAACGGCCUGCAAGGAUAUAACAACCACCAACACGUCUCAGGAAGCUCGAACAGUUCCCAGUCGAAUCGCUUGAAUCCUCGUCCAUACCAUCAUCAUUAUCAGCAGCUGAUCCCUCUCCAGGUCGAAGAAUUCGAAAUGUCCUCCUCUGCAACUCAUGACCAUCAUCAUCAUCACAUAGAGACUGUCUAUAUCUAGAGAACUUAACACCAACUCGUAAUUCAAUGUCCUUCUGUUCGGGUUUGAGACUUUCAUACAUAACCUUCAAUCGAUCAAUCAAACCGAUACCACGACCCCUUAAUUCUCUGUCGUUAACAGCUAACUAACCAUGCGAGCCUCUUAAUUAUCUAUUUUACACAUGUAAUGUCUCUGCACUGCCUCUCCUCUCAAAAUUGCAAAGCAAAAUAAACGAACACUCGUCGUC